AUGCUGCUUUCUUUCCUGCACGUUCAGUUGUUGUUGAGCUACGGUGCUGACCCCAACCAGCGAGACAGCCUGGGGAACACCCCUCUGCAUCUGGCGGCCUGUACCAACCACGUGCCUGUCAUCACCACGCUGCUGAGAGGAGGAUCCCGUGUGGAUGCCCUCGAUCGAGCAGGCAGGACCCCGCUACACCUGGCUCGCUCCAAACUUAACAUUUUGCAAGAAGGAGAAUCACGCAGCUUAGAGACGUUGAGAGGGGAAGUCUUACAGGUACAGGAGAUCACUUCUAUGGUUUAG